GGAAGAUAGACAAAAAGAGUGGGAGAGAUACCCCCACCCAAGAGAGACAACCUGAAAGUCAGAACAAAACAAGGCACAAGAACCCAUCAAAGUCAGCUGAAGUCAAGCUUGGAAAAAGUUCAACUGCUAAACGUCCCCAUGGGCUUCCAGGGGCCUUGGUUGCAUACUUGUCUCCUUUGGACCACAGUAGCCAGCCUGCUGUUCCCUCCACUGGUGACCCAGGAGCUGAGAGGGGCUGGGCUGAGCCUUGGCAACUGGAACAACAAUGCCGGCAUUCCCGGGUCUUCAGAGGACAUGUCGGCUGAGUUUGGCCACCACAUCCACAGCCGUGGGGGCCAUCAGGGUGAGAAUGACGAUUUCUCCAGGGAAUAUGGCCACCAGCUCCAAGACCACAGGUACCCUGGCCACGAGGCUGGAGAGGAGAAUGUCUCUGAAGAGGUCUUCAGAGGGCAUAUGAGACAGACCCAUGGGCACAGAGGGCACGAUAAUGAAGAUUUGGGGAACUCAGCGGAGCCUGAGGACCACUUCCCUAGACAGAGGAGUCACAGCCAUGAAGAUGAAGAUGAGGAUAGCAUUGUCUCCAGUGAGGAUCACCAUCUUGUCACCAGGCAUGGUCACCAUGGCCACGGAGGGGAAGAUGAUGGGGAGGAAGUAGAGAACUCUAAUGAUAAGCACAAGGCCCAUGGUCACCAGAGUCACCAGAGCCACUCAGAGGAAGGAGAUGAAGAGGGUUCAGAUGAACACCAUCAUGCCUACAGCCACAAAGGCCACAAAGACGAAGAUGAUGAUGAUGAAGAUGAUGAUUCCACUGAGCGUGGGCACCAGGUCCACAGACACCGAGGCCAUGAUGAUGAAGAUGAUGAUGAUGAAGAAGAUGAUGAUGAUGGUUCCCCUGAGCAUGGGCACCAGGUCCACAGACACCAAGGCCAUGAAGAUGAUGAUGAAGAAGAAGAAGAUGAUGAGCACCAGGUCCACAGACACCAAGGCCAUGAAGAUGAUGAUGAAGAAGAAGAAGAUGAUGAUGAUGGUUCCCCUGAGCAUGGACACCAGGUCCACAGACACCGAGGGCAUGAUGAUGAAGAUGAUGAUGAUGAUGAUGAUGAUGAAGAUGAUGAUGAUGAUGGCUCCCCUGAGCAUGGGCACCAGGUCCACAGACACCAAGGUGAUGAGAAGGAAGAUGAUGAAGAUGACUCAGAUGAAGGCUACUAUCAUGUCCCCAGCCGUGGCCACCAAAGCCACCAAGAUGAGGAAGAGGAAGAUGAGGCUGUAUCCACUGAACAUUGGCACCCAUCUCCUAGACACACUCACCAUGGUCUUGGAAGUGAGAAUCAAGAAGAGGAGGUAACAGUCAAGUUCAGCCACCAUACUGCAAGCCACCAACCCCAAGGCCACAAGUCUGACAAGGAGGAGGACUUCCCAGAAGAGUAUAAGACAGAAGUUCCUGGCCAUCACCACCACAGAGUCCCCAGGGAGGGAGAUGGGGAUAUUUCUGCUGAGUUUGGCCACGAGGUCCCCAGUCACAGGCCACAAGAUCAAGAUGAACAGAUCAGCCAGGGUCACAGAGAGUUUGUCCAAGGUGACAUUGGUCAUCAGCCCCUGCAGCCCACAGGGGCUGGUUCCGAAGAAUCAAGAAAGAAAGAUGACCACAGCUCUCAAGAGGGAGACAAAGACUCAGAGCAGAGCAAAGGAUCCCACAGUGAAGAGGAGGAGGAGGGUCAUGGCCUCCCUAAGAGCCAGGAAGAUGAGGAAAAAGAUGAGCAAGAGAGUAAGGAAGACAGGACUGAGGUUCGGACUCCAGUGAGCCAUCACAGAAAGCAGGAGGAAGAGGAGGAAGAGGGGGAGAUCCUGGAAGAAAACCUGCUACCCUUCACCAUCAUCCCAAACCCCCUGGCUGGAAGGAAGGUGGACACAGAAGGUUCCAGCGAGGAGGAGAGCCGUGAGGUCACAGGUCAGCACGAUGCCCAGGAGUAUGAGAACUACCAGCCAGGAUCUCUGUGUGGCUAUUGUUCUUUCUGCAAUAGAUGUACUGAAUGCGAAAGCUGUCAUUGUGACGAGGAGAACAUGGGGGAACACUGUGACCAGUGCCAGCAUUGCCAAUUCUGCUACCUCUGCCCGCUGGUCUGUGAAACCCUCUGCACUCCAGGAAGCUACAUGGACUAUUUCUCCUCCUCCCUGUAUCAAGCCCUGGCUGACAUGCUGGAGACUCCAGAGCCCUAACAUGGCCACAACUGCGGCUGAAGUACCUCCCCUGGCCUGCCCACCUGACAGGGGGCCUGAAUAAAUGUGCCCCUGGAAACAGCAGUGUCCGGUGUGGGGUGUGUCCUGGCGGAGGGAGACCACAGACCAUAGGAAGAGGCAUCAGCCUCUCCUAGAGGGCCUGACUCCUUGAUUCUGAAGGUGGUUGGUU